CAGAGCUGGGCAGGUGGAGAAACGCUUGGGCUUUGGGGCCCUCCCAGCCUCUUUGAUCCCAGGGUGUCCCUGCCCUUUGAACCCUGCAACUGGGGGCUGGCACGCUGGCCUAGUUGGGCUCCUCAAUAGGCGGCAUGCUGCGACUGCUGAGGUCCAGCUGGGCCCGAGGCGCAGGGUCUGGGGUGGCCACAUGGCGUUCCCCUGCGGGACUCUUCUGUCCUGGGCGCCCCGGGAUCCGCCAGGCUUCAGAUGCCUCAGAUACCACACAUCACCAGUCCCCCACCUCUCAGUCACUGGUACAGCUGGUGGGCAACUGUUCCAUGAUGUACCUGCCCCUGCAGUCCUCUCCGGAGGGGCUUGACGCGGCUUUCGUCGGUGUGCCUUUGGAUACUGGGACUUCCAACCGACCCGGGGCAAGAUUUGGACCCCGUCGCAUCCGGGAGGAAUCACUGAUGCUGGGGGCCGUCAAUCCCAGCACGGGAGCCCUCCCCUUUCAGUCCCUCAGGGUUGCAGACCUAGGCAAUGUGACCGUCAAUCUCUACAACCUCCAGGACAGCUGCCUGCUAAUUCGAGAGGCCUAUCAGAACAUCCUUGCAGCGGGCUGCAUUCCUCUGACCUUGGGUGGAGACCAUACAAUCACAUAUCCCAUACUGCAAGCCGUGGCAAAGAAGCAUGGCCCUGUGGGUUUAGUGCAUGUGGGUGCCCACACUAACACCACGGACAAACAUCUGGAGGAGAAGGUCUACCACCGGACACCUUUCCGCCGAAGUGUGGAUGAAGGACUGCUGGACUGCAAACGAGUGGUCCAGAUAGGCAUCCGGGGCUCCUCCAGGACACUGGAUCCCUACAGAUACAGUCGGAGCCAGGGCUUCCGUGUGGUCUUGGCUGAAGACUGCUGGAUGAAGUCACUGGUCCCACUGAUGGCAGAGAUCAGGCAGCAGAUGGGGGGCACACCUCUUUAUAUCAGCUUUGCCAUAGACGCCUUGGACCCUGCCUAUGCCCCGGGGACAGGGACACCGGAAAUUGCCGGGCUCACCCCUAGUCAGGCUCUAGAGAUCAUCCGGGGCUGCCAAGGCCUAAAUGUGGUGGGCUGCGAUCUCGUGGAAGUCUCCCCACCAUACGAUCUCUCUGGCAACACAGCCCUCCUAGCAGCUAACCUGCUGUUUGAGAUGCUUUGUGCUCUCCCCAAAGUGACAACUGUCUGAGUCUAUGUUCCUGAAGACAACAGACUGUGUCCUGAAAAAGCCUCAAGAACUUUUGAGCAAGCAGUGCAAGGACCAAAGAAAGCUUUCUGUGAAGUGUCACCUGGCUGCAUACAAGGACAUUUCGGAACACUAACCCAAACAGCUCCUCUUUCCUCCCUAACAUUAAAGCACUUAUUUAAUUUGUA